GGUAAUGGAUUGGAGAAGAGGACUCUCCUGUGGAGAGGGGGCUGGUGCUUGGGGUGCUGGAAGCUGGGCAUGAGUAUGGCUUGGCUGUGCUGGGAGAUGCUGUGCUGCUGGGCAGAGGCCUGAAGUGGUGGCUGUUUUGGCUGCUGAGAAUUAAAGAUCCAGGCUACAGAAGAGCUGCCUUUGCUUAUUAAAGCCCCAGACUCUAUGCACCUUCCCUCACUCGCCAAGAUGUAACACGUGGGGACCCUCAAACUGUAUGCUUUCCUCUGCUUGCAACUCUCUCCGUAAAGAUCACAAAACAGACCUAGCUACUUAGCCUGAGAGAAUGGCUGUUGAUGGUGGGUGUGGGGACACUGGAGACUGGGAAGGUCGCUGGAACCAUGUAAAGAAGUUCCUCGAGCGAUCUGGACCAUUCACACACCCUGAUUUCGAGCCAAGCACUCAACCUCUCGACUUUUUGUUAAACACAUGUAAAGUUCUAGUUAUUGGAGCAGGAGGAUUAGGAUGUGAACUUCUGAAAAAUCUGGCAUUGUCUGGUUUUAGACAAAUCCAUGUUAUUGACAUGGAUACUAUAGAUGUUUCUAAUCUGAAUAGGCAAUUUUUGUUUCGACCCAAAGAUGUUGGACGACCUAAAGCAGAGGUUGCAGCAGAAUUUCUAAACAACCGAAUUCCUAAUUGUGCUGUUGUACCACAUUUUAAAAAAAUUCAGGAUAUGGAUGAAACUUUCUAUCGGCAAUUUCAUAUCAUUGUAUGUGGUCUGGACUCUAUAAUUGCAAGAAGAUGGAUAAAUGGCAUGCUGAUGUCAUUUUUAAACUAUGAAGAUGGCAUGUUAGAUCCAAGUUCCAUCAUACCUUUGAUAGAUGGAGGAACGGAAGGUUUUAAAGGAAAUGCUCGUGUGAUUAUUCCUGGAAUGACAGCUUGUAUUGAAUGCACACUUGAACUUUAUCCACCUCAGAUCAAUUUUCCCAUGUGUACUAUUGCAUCUAUGCCCAGGCUGCCGGAGCAUUGUAUUGAAUAUGUCAGGAUAUUGCAGUGGCCCAAGGAACAUCCUUUUGGAGAGAGUGUGCCUUUGGAUGGAGAUGACCCUGAUCAUAUACAAUGGAUUUACCAACAAUCUUUAGAAAGAGCAUCACAGUUCAAUAUUAAGGGUGUUACAUACAGACUUACUCAAGGGGUUGUUAAGCGGAUCAUUCCAGCUGUAGCUUCUACAAAUGCAGUCAUUGCAGCUGUAUGCGCUACUGAAGUUUUUAAAAUAGCAACAAGUGCAUACAUUCCUCUUAAUAACUACUUGGUGUUCAAUGAUGUAGAUGGAUUAUACACAUAUACAUUUGAAGCUGAAAGAAAGGAGAAUUGUCCCGCCUGCAGCCAACUCCCUCAAAAUAUAGAGUUCCCUUCAUCAGCAAAACUGCAGGAGGUCUUGGAUUAUUUGACAAAUAAUGCUUCAUUGCAAAUGAAAUCUCCAGCAAUCACAGCAACUGUGUAUGGGGGGAAUAAAACACUCUAUUUACAGACGGUAGCUUCAAUUGAAGAACGAACAAGGCCAAAUCUUUCUAAGACACUGAAAGAGUUGGGGCUCGUGGAUGGUCAGGAACUUGCAGUUGCUGAUGUAACUACACCACAGACUAUGUUGUUCAAGCUCCAUUUUACUACUUAAUUUAAGCCUCAUUAAUCUGCACAUACAGUGAGAGAAUUCUGCACACCAUGUAAAACAUGUGCUGUAUGUGGAUGUUCAGAGUAACCUAAAAUGUCCCUUUUAAGUACUAGCCUUGCUGGAAGUUAGAUUAUCCCAGGUGAAUCACUCUUAUUUUAGAACUGUCCUUAGAAGCCAAUAUUUGGUGGAUGGUAUUUGUAUAAAUACUCAUUAAUGUACAGAACUUGAUGUACAGUGAUAAUUUUUUUCGGUUUAUGUGUUGAUGUUAAAAUAAUGCCAACACUCCUUCCUACACUUGGACAUUUUUUGGUGGUCAAAGGAGUUGUUCUCUGCUUGCAUUUGAACACCCACAUCUACAAAAGAAUAUCCUUUGAGGACCAUGAUGAUUUUAAAUUAAAUUUUAGAACCCAUAUACAUUUGCUGAAUCUUAUAUUAAAACCUGCGGGCAGUAGAGUAAAAUAAGCAUUGUAUGUUUCCUCCUUUAUUUAAUAUUCAUUUUUAUUGACCUGCUAAACGGAUAUUAAGUAUUGCAGAGGGUUAAUUAACUUUGUUUACAAAAUAUGGAAAGACAGUGUAAUUAAAUGAACAUCUAUGCAUGAAAACAAAGUAUUUUUCAUGUUUAUAUUUGAAGUAGAUUAGCGGUUACUAUGCACAAUAGUUCAGUCAAAAGCCCACUGAUGUUCAGGAUUGGUGAGUUAUGUUUGGUUAUCAUUGAUGCUCUCAAGGUAUUUAUUAAUAAAAAUAUAAAGAUAACUUGUUCUGCAGUAUGUCAAUGGGAAUUCAGGACAAUAUGUGACCAGGAGAAAGAGAGA